AUGUCGCACGGCGAUACAGUACCGCUUCAUCCAUCUUCUCAGUCAGACAUAGACGAGAUCGAGAAUCUGAUUAACGAAAGCGUCCAAUCAGGUCCCGGAAGAGUCCUCGCCGCUCGUCCUCCAAGUCCAACCAGACCUUCGAUUCCCGUUUCUUCUUCUUCUUCUCCGUUUAUGCAAUCGAAUCUUCCACCUCUUCAGAAAGUGACACCUGUCCCUAUCCCUCCGCCUCUUCCGGUAGCGAGUAACUCCCAAGGAUCACAGAACAUUGGAGCGAGCGGGUUUGGAUCUCCGCCUAAUACUUUGACGGAGCCUGUGUGGGAUACUGUGAAGAGAGAUCUGUCUCGGAUCGUGAGUAAUUUGAAGCUGGUGGUUUUUCCUAAUCCGUAUAGGGAAAAGCACUUAGGGAUUGGGAUCUUUGGGUCUGAGGUAUUUGCAGUGGCAUUUGCACUAUUAGCAGCGGGGGCAGUGAUACUUACACUAAACGUGCUUCUCCUGGGUGGACAUAUAAUCUUCUUUCAGAGCUUGAGUCUUCUUGGUUACUGUCUGUUUCCGCUAGACGUUGGAGCCGUGAUCUGUAUGUUGAAAGACAAUGUGAUACUGAAAAUGAUGGUUGUGUCCGUAACUCUCGCAUGGAGCUCUUGGGCUGCUUACCCUUUCAUGAGCGCAGCGGUUAACCCGAGAAGAAAAGCACUCGCUCUUUACCCUGUCUUUCUCAUGUAUGUCUCGGUUGCUGCUUUGAAUAUAAUGUCAGAGACUGGUGAUUUAUUUCUAGAGCUUUCCCAAUAUGAUCCAUUUUACCAACAUAAAAAGAAGCUCUUGAGUUGCAAAGGUUUAGGCGUAAAGGAAACACUGAGUCUUAGUGGAUCAUUGUCUCAACAGUUUUUGAAUAUUGCUUUCGAAAAGUUGCUUCAGUUUGGAAGAAUAGCGAACCUCGAUAAGGUGGAAGUUUAUUUUGGCGAGGAUGCUUGCACUCCAUCGGGAGUUUACACCAUUAGGAACGAAAUCUCAGCUCUAAGCUGGAUCCUUUCGGUCAUACCGCUUUCUUGUAAAACACAAACACAAACCGCUUCUUUGGAAGCUCUGCGAGCAGCUGUAAAAAUCAGAAUCAAUGAAGUUGUUGGAGCGGAAAAGGAGGAAGCUAGAGUUGAUUAUAGCUAUAUAUGUGAAAAGGAAAGCAGAUUGGUACAAUGGGGUCAGGAAAAUGGAGUCAAAACCAAAUUGCAGAUAGCUCAGAUCGAUGGAUAUGGACGAGGAGCUAUAACUACCGAAGACUUGAAAUUUGGUGAUGUUGCUUUAGAGAUUCCAAUCUCAAGUGUAAUUUCUGAGGAGUAUGUAUACAACUCCGACAUGUACCCAAUACUGGAGAAAGUAGAUGGUAUGACAUCUGAGACAAUGCUGCUUUUAUGGACCAUGAGGGAUAAACAUAACCCGGAAUCGAAAUUCAAACCAUACUUUGACUCUCUGCAGGAGAAUUUUUGUACCGGUUUGAGUUUCGGAGUUAAUGCAAUCAUGGUGCUUGAUGGUACAUUGCUUUUAGAUGAAAUAAUGCAAGCUAAAGAGCUUUUGCAUGAGCGGUAUGAUGAAUUAAUUCCUCUUUUAUCGAACCACCGGCAUAUAUUUCCACUGGAGCUCUAUACAUGGGAACAUUACUUAUGGGCUUGUGAGUUGUAUUACUCUAAUAGCAUGCAAAUCAAAUUCCCUGAUGGAAAGCUCAAGACUUGCUUGAUUCCUGUUGCCGGUUUUCUCAACCAUUCGAUACACCCACACAUAGUAAAAUAUGGAAAAGUAGACGUUGAGACGAGUUCCUUGAAGUUCCCACUUUCGAGGCCUUGCAACAAAGGGGAACAAUGUUUUCUUAGCUACGGAAACUACUGUAGUUCGCAUCUGUUGACAUUUUACGGAUUUUUACCAAAAGGCGAUAACCCGUAUGAUAUCAUUCCCUUAGAUUUUGAUGUCAUUGAUGAUGAAGAAACCGAAAGUGAGUUUUCUUGGACAAGUCACAUGUUACGUGGGACUUGGCUCUCGAGCAAUCACGACAUAUUCCACUACGGUUUGCCUACUCCAUUGUUGAACUACUUGCGGAGAGCUCAUGGCCUUGUUCGUCAUUCCGAAACAGAUCUAUGGAAGAACUUGGAAGUUGAGAUUGGAGUACUCGAAAAUCUCAGAUCCACAUUUGACGACAUGAUGCAAAAUCUUGGAGAUGCGGAUUCUAUCGACAGAGAGAACGCUGAUUGGGAUGUUAAAAUGGCGAUGGAGUUCAAAGAGCGGCAGAGAAAGAUCGUUUCUUCCAUUCUUGAUUCAUGUUCUGCAGGUAUCAAACUAAUUCAAGAAAGUAAACCACCGGUGUAG